UCUUCUUCUCUUCUUUGCUUACAGACAUUUUCUCUACUCUUUUCUGGAGUUUUACGAUUUUUGAGCAACUUAUAUUGAUCCGACUAAUUCUAGUGCAGCUCCGAUCGAGACAAAUUUAUUUAUUCUAGGUUGUUUAUCCUAGGGAUGACGUGACAAAUUUAUAAAACUGCUUACACAUUUGUGCAGAGUCGCAAAAAGUCUUAAAGAGAGUGAGAUCUGUGACUCUGUAACGACUUUCUUUCUUGCAGGUUCUAUUUUCUGAUGACUGUCGUUUGUGACCGUUUGUUGCUGUCAUCUUCUGUCCAUCGGAGGUAGUCAUUCCAACAUAAACUAUUAAAUCAUUACGUUAAAAAUUAAUACAAAUAUAUAUAUAUACGCACACAUUCACAUGGGCUAGAGGCAAUAGAGUUGUAAAUUAAAGAAAGGGCAAUAGAGUUGUAAAUUAAAAAAAGUCUUUCCUAAUGAUGGUAUCAAAAGAAACAAGGACAAUGGUGAAACUUCUCUGCAUACAGACGUUCUCUCUAUUCUUUUCUGGAGUUCUACAUUUUUCGAGCAACUUAUAUUGAUCUGAAGGGUGUGAGGUUUCUGACCUAUUCCAGUGUAGCUCCGAUCGAGAAAAAUUUAUUUCUUCUGAGUUGUUUAUCCUGGGGACAAUGUGGUAAUUUUUUAGAAUUGCUUGCACAUUUGGACAGAGCGGCAAAACGUCUUAAAGAGAGUGAGAUCUACGACUCUAUAACGAGUUUCUUUUUUGCAGGUUCUAUUUUCUAACAACUUUUAUUCGUGACCGUUCGUUGCUGGCAUCUUUUUUCCAUCGAAGAUAGCCGUUCCAACAUAAACUAUUAAAUCAUUAUGUUGAAAAUUAAAUUGCUUUAAAAAAUAACACAAAUAUAUAUAUACACACACAUUCACAUGCGCUAGAGGCAAUAGAGUUGUAAAUUAAAAAAUAUCAUUCCUAAUGAUGGUGUCAAAAGAAGCAAAGACAAUGAUGAAGUUUCUCUGCUUACAGACGUUCUCUACUCUUUUAUGGAGUCCUACGAUUUUCGAGCAACUUAUAUUGAUCUGAAGGGUGUGAGUUUUCCGACUGGUUCCAGUAUAACUUCGAUCGAGACAAAUUUAUUUCUUUUAGGUUGUUUUAUCCUAAAGACGAUGUGAUAAUUCUGUAGAACUACUUGCACAUUUGGGCAGAGUUGCAAAACAUCUUAAAAAGAGCGAUAUCCGCGACUCAACUUGUAACGAAUUUCUUUUUUGUAGGUUCUAUUUUCUAACGACUGUUAUUCGUGACCGUUCGUUGUUGUCAUCUUUUGUCGAUCGGAGGAUAGCCGUUCCAACAUAAACUAUUAAAUCAUUACGUUAGAAAUUAAAUUGCAUUAAAAAAUAAUACAAAUAUAUAUACACACAAAUUCACAUACGCUAGUGGCAAUCGAGUUGUAAAUUAAAAAAGUCAUUGCUAGUGAUGGUGUCAAAAGAAGCAAAGACAAUGGUGAAGCUUCCUCGAAGACAAUGGAGCAAGAUGGACAAAGGAAUGGCUGCUCUUUAUUUCUUUCUACAUGUGCUUUGUAUUUUGGCACCACUUCAUUUUAAUUGGGGCGCAUUUUGGAUCGCAUUCGUACUUUAUAUAAUUACUGGUCUUUUUGGCGUCACCAUUUCAUAUCAUAGAAAUCUCUCCCACAGAAGUUUCAAACUUCCUAAAUGGUUGGAAUACUUAUUCGCUUAUUGUGGAGUUCAUACACUUCAGGGUGAUCCAAUCAGUUGGGUGAGUGUGCAUAGAUACCACCAUCAAUUUGUUGAUACCGACAAAGAUCCACACAGUCCUAUUCAUGGAUUCUUGUUUAGUCAUAUUACUUGGAUAUUUGAUUCGGAUUCUUAUACUCAAAAAGUUUGUUCUAAGAUAGUUUGUGAUUCUAAUGAAGAGAUAAUUGUUAGGGAAGAAAGUAGGAAUAAUGUUGGUGAUUUGAAGGAGCAAGUUUUCUAUAGGUUCCUUCACAAAACAUAUCUUCUUCAUCCAAUUGCUCUCGCAGUCCUACUCUAUGCUGUUGGUGGAAUUCCUUAUGUAAUAUGGGGAAUGUUUGUGAGAACUGUAAUGCUCUACCAUGUAACAUUUAUGGUGAACUCAGUCAGUCAUAUAUGGGGAAAGCAACAAUGGAAAAAUGGUGGUUUAUCUAGAAAUAAUUGGUGGCUGAGUUUGUUAUUAUUUGGAGAAGGUUGGCACAAUAACCAUCAUGCUUUCGAAUAUUCAGCUAAAUUUGGUCUUGAAUGGUGGCAAAUUGACUUUGGUUGGUACGUCAUUAUAUUCCUCGAAGCCAUUGGACUCGCCCAUAAUGUUAAAGUGCCCUCACAAAGCCACAAGCAAAGAUUGGCGAUGAAUACUCAGUCUUAAAAAAUCUCAACCACUGAUAAGACAUCCAUUAUUAUCCUAAACCCUAAUCCUUCGACUCAUCACUACAAUUACAAAAGAUCAUGUUACCAAGAUGUUUCUCUUCUAUAAAUGUUUCAGAAUUAAGAGUCAAAUAUAUAUGCCAAUGUAAAUUAGUUUAUACCAUUCAAAAUAAAUAUUAAUUUUCUCUACUAUAA